UUCCACCUCCAUCGAUCGCAAUGUCUUCAGGCCUCAGCUACUUUUCAAGAGCAACAGGCAGCAGCGGCUCCUGCACCCAUUCUGUUAGUAGCGAUGAUUCGUGGUCCCGUCACAGUGGCAUUAUGCCCCAACAACCGUCGGCGUACGGGACUUCGGGCGAAGCUCCCGUGAUCUAUCAUCCAAGGUACCUAGUCAUCUUGUAUCGGCUUUUGUUCUUUCCUUUGCAGAAUCUAUUAUACUGAGACUUUCAUGUUACUCAUGCUUAGCGCUAGAAGGUUCUCCCCUCCACAUCUUGAGCGCGGUCCCAUAGAUACCCAGGCUACUGCUGUGAGGCCUCCAAAGCAAGUUUCACCUGAGUUCGCGAUGCCAUACAGCGGACUUCCAGUGACCUCGCAUGCAUUGGGGACUAUUCCUGUGACUGCAGGGGGUGCCCUACCACGCCCUGUUGCUCUCUAUCCGGAAUGGGACCACCCUGCCCGCUUACCAGCGGAAUCUCUUAGGCGUGAUUAUGACUUAGCUAGACCUUACGAGACUCCAGAGUACCUGGUUGAGAGGAAUGGCCGACGCGCUACGGAAAAGCUAAAAGGCACUACUCGAUAUCAUUCUCAGAGACGGCCGUCUAACCGGGACGAGUUUGAUGGACCCCACCAAUUGCUAGAACCCCCUUCACCACGUGUCAUUGCAGCCCAAGGGAGAGAUUUGCCUCAUCUACCUACUAAUCUCGAUGUCUCAGAGCAAGAUCAAAUCUUGACAUCGGUUAACGACCGACUGUCACAAUGCGCAUUUGACUUCGUUGCGAAGUAUCAAUUUCCGAUUCCGCUGGAGCCAGAUAAGAGACCGGUGAGAGUUCCCUCAGACCGUGAAUGGACCGAGUGGGUGUAUCUCCUUAAGAGACUGGCGACCAAGCGUCGCAUACCCGCCCGGGUUCUGUAUAAUGGCCAGAUCAAGCAGUUAGUCACUGUGCUGGAGAACUCCCUGGAAAUGAGACAUGCGGCCAAGCAUCAGUCCAGGCCCAUCAAAGAUGACCGGAACGUUCUUCAGCUUAUUUCAGCCGGUACGCAGGUGGCGAAGAUCCUGAAGGAUGCCAGUGCCAUGGACUUCCUUGAUCGCCUCUACCUUGACACAGAGAAACGCAUCCAGGAUCGACGCAGUCGUCGGGUGAAGUUUGCCAGUCCAUGAACCGGGCAUCUGCCAGCCUUUGUCUGAAUGAUGAUUAUGAUGAUGACCUUUGAGAUAUGGCCACGAUCCUGCCUUGUCACAGACCAUGUCCGCAGGAUACCGCCAUGCUCUUGUUUUUGUGGCUUAUCCCUCCGCACCUUUUGGACGAUUGUUCCCAGGAAGGAAAUAUCCCAUGGAAACCAAUCCCCUGCCCUUGGAAUAUCC